CCGUGCUCAUUCCCGUGUCCUUUGAACUCGAGUCUCGAGCUAGCUGGUGAAACGCCGGCCGGCAAAGAUGUCACACGCUGCCGUCGCGAUUGGCACCAUCGUAUUCGUCAUUAUCGUCGCCGCGAUAAUUGUGUGCGCCUACAGACGGGCCGAGGCAUGCGCCGGCGGCGUCGCGAGCAGCUACGCGGUGGUGUCGGACCAACAGAUCCGGCACGCCACCAUCGAGAAAUUCCUCUUGGAGAUCAGGCACGACAAGCCCUUCAGGUUCACGUCGCUGCAGCUCGCCGGGUUCACGCGCAACUACACGACCCGGCUCGGUGCCGGCGGCUUCGGCACGGUGUACAAGGGCGUGCUCCCCAACGGCCUCCCCGUCGCGGUCAAGGUCUUCGACCGCAGCCUCGCCCAGAGGUCCCAGGAGGAGCAGUUCAUGGCGGAGGUGGGUACCAUCGGCCGCACCUACCACGUCAACCUCGUCAGGCUCUUCGGCUUCUGCUUCGACGACGUCGUGCGCGCGCUGGUGUACGAGUACAUGGACAACGGCGCGCUCGACGCCUACCUCCUGGGCGGCCAGGGCCGCGGCGUCGGCGUCCCGGCGCUGCGCGACAUCGCCGUCGGCGUCGCCAGGGGCAUCCGGUACCUGCACGAGGAGUGCCAGCAGAAGAUCGUGCACUACGACAUCAAGCCCGGGAACGUGCUCCUCGACGGCGCGCUCACGCCCAAGGUCGCCGACUUCGGGCUCGCGCGGCUGGUGAACCGCGCGGACACGCACGUGUCCGUGUCCUGCGUGCGCGGCACCCCGGGGUUCGCGGCGCCGGAGAUGUGGAUGCUGUCGGGCGUCACGGAGAAGUGCGACGUGUACAGCUUCGGCAUGCUCCUGCUCGAGAUCGUCGGCCGGCGAAGGAACUUCGACGAGGCGGCGCCCGAGAGCCAGCAGUGGUUCCCCACGCUGGCGUGGACCAAGUACGAGACCGGCGAGCUCGUGGACCUCGUCGCGUCCAGCAGCGGCGAGGAGGCUGGCGAUGCGGCCGCCGCGCCGCGUGACGACGAGCAAGAGCAUGAGCCGCGUCGCGAUGAAGAGAUAGUGGAGAGGAUGUGCAAGGUCGCGUUCUGGUGCGUGCAGCAGCAGCCGGAAGCGAGGCCGCCCAUGGGUGCGGUGGUGAAGAUGCUAGAGGGCGAGAUGAGCGUCGCUGCUCCUGUGAACCCGUUCCAGCAUCUAAUGGCGACGCCGGUGACAGCCAACCCGUGGACGACGACGAUGACAGGUAGCGCGGACGCGGUGUCAGCAACUGCAAUUUCUGAGACUAGCAACGAGAUCGUCUCCCUUUGACAAUUGCCUGCACCUGAAAAUGGGCAAGACAUAGUCAAAGCUUUGAGCAUCUAGUCCAUCGACCUGUUUCAUAUUGAAAAAAA